AUCAAAUCACUCUUCAUCCUCUCCCUUCUUCGAACCAUAUGAACCCUAAAAAAAUCUUCCUUCACCCUCUUCAUUUUUCUUUGUACAUCUUCGUCCUUUCUGUUGUAACAAGGGUUUGUAAACUAUAAUGUAUGAAAAUGUCACAGUCUCAACGAAGGAAGAAUAUACUUCAUGCUCGUCUUUUACGCCAAAAAAUAGGAAGAAGAAGAAGUUUGACUACAACAAUGGCAAGUGCCUGCAUGGACUUGACGCAGUGAUGCUUGAGUCUGCUACAGAGUCUGCUACAGAGUGGAACCCUGGAAGAUUGUUUCUUCGUUGUCCAUUAUGGGAGAAGGUUGAAUUGAGGUGUGACUAUUUCAUUUGGGCUGAUGAAGUUGUUGAUGCUGGAAGAGAUUGUGGAAUUCAGGAACAGAGUGAAGAAAGCAAAUGGAGGUUUGCAGAAGAAAGCAACUGGAAGGUAGAAUAA